GGUACAAUGCAAGGAGUAUUCCAAAUGUCUGGAUCGAUUGCCAGAAUGACUGAACCAAUUCUACUCAAUGUAGUCUACGCCCAAUUUGGACCUCGAGGUGUAUGGCUUGUGGAGAUCGGACAACUACUCUUCACCCUUUCCCUUUGGCUUGUGUUUCUUAAAAGGCUCGUUCCUCUUGAGAAACGAUACCCUUUGAAGGACGAAGUCGAAGAAAAAAGGGCAGAAGCCAUCGCCUAA